AUGGCUGCCGGUCGGCAAGACGGCGGCCCGACGCCACUCGCACCGGCGGCGGCCUACGUUGUGGAGCCAACGACCACUGCGGAGAUGCACGAACUCCUCGAUCUGAUCCUGCACGCCUGCGAGCACCUGCAGGACUUGAUACGCGACCGCCACCCCGUCACGCAGCGGGAGGUGGCGAAGCUGCGGAAGUCCUACUGGCUUGCCGUGGGCGAAACGGGAAGGCUGCGCAGCCGCAGUGUGCCGGUCGACUCCCUCGCCAGCCCCACUGACAGCAGCCGCAGCAGCAGCGCAGGCACGGAGGACUCCAGGCGGCAGGACGCGAAGGCGGUCGCAUGCGAUUGUGCGCUGGGGGAGCUGGAGGAGUACGUGCGUCCCCGGCCGGAGGCGCACACGUUUGACCUCGACGAUGCGGAUUGCGAGGGCGGGGAGCGCCGCGUGUGGCACUUUUUCAGCAUCCCGCUCGAGCGCCGCCUCCAAACUCUGUCGGUGUCGCUGUUUCUUUUCUUUACAUUCAUUCCUGCCGCCGUCCUGGUCACGCUGGCGCUGCUGCUGAGCUGGACGACCAUGCCGCUCAUGCUGGCGUACCUCGUGUACAUCUUCACCCUUGGACGGCCCAAGCACCCACUGAAGAAGUGCGUCGCCUUCACGCGGCACAGGCUGUGGGGGCUCUACAGGAACUACUUCCCAGUGCGUCUUGUGAUUCCCCGCCAUGUGCGGGCCAAGUUUGACCCCCAGGCGAACUACUUCUUCAUUUACCACCCGCACGGGAUACAUAGCUUCGGCGCCAUUGCAACGUUCAGCCUGGACUUCACGCUUAGCUCGCUGCUUCCUGGCAUAACCGUGCAUGUGCAAACGCUCAAGUUGAACUUCUUCAUUCCCUUUUGGCGUGAGCUGCACCGG